UCGUAUUUGAAAGGCUACGAGAUAACAUGUGCAGUGACUAACAGUGAUAAUUCAGAGACGGUCCAAUAAAGCCACGUGUCGUCAACAUUCAGUGAGAUUUCCUAGUACCAACUCGAAUUUGAAAACUAACACAAUUCGCUUGAAAUUAGUCUAAAUCUAAUUCUCGCGUGAAGUUUACGAUACUUGUGCUACUGUGUUUAUCUCGAUAAACAAGAAACGGAAAAACAGAUAACUGUCUCGAAAACCACAAAUGAGCAGUCAAAAUACAUCACAUAUUUAUGCGAUAUACGAUGUCGCGCCACCUUCGUACGCGGAGGCUGUAUCAGGGACGUUUGACCAGAGACCUCCACGUACAAUAGUCAAUCUACCACCGCCUUCGGUAAAUUCACGAUAUGAAUCAACGCAACAGCAAAAUCAAUCAGCGGGCGCACCUUAUGGCACAUCACCAAUAAUAGUAACUCGUGGAAAGGACUCAUAUGGAACGUGUUCCAAGUGCGCAUUAUUUUUUAUAGUAAUUGUAGUUAUACCAACUGUAGCCUUUUUUCUCUUAACGAGAAUCUUAUGAUAAAGAUUCUUCAUAAUAAGUAAAAGAAGAAGAAACUUAUAUUGUACUCUAAUAUUAUAAAAAUGUAUAUUGUUAUUAUACGAGCAAAUUAAUUAUCUAUCAUUGUAGUUAAUCCCGUGAUUCGUUUCAUUAGUUGCUACAAAGAUUAUUUUGUGAUAUUUUUGUGUAAUUAAAAUCGUCAUAUAUAUUAAUAUAACUUUGUAAUAAAAUAUGUAUCUGUAUAAUAGAGAUAAUCUUAACAG